CGUCGGGAGUUUUCCUCAAAGUCAAUAACGAACCUGGCGAAGGCGGCGGCAGGAAUCGAGCCGAGCGCUGGGCCCCGGGCCACUCCGGGUGAAUUCAGUCGGGAAAGAGCAGCCGCCGCUCCUAACUCCCUGGAUGCUGCGGCCGAGCUGCCCGGGCGGGCGCCUCCCUAAAUAGCGGGAGAGCCACUAUCGAUGUAGCCGCCGCCCCGCCUGCAUCUCUCAGAACGCCGCUAGCCUGGAGUCGAAAACCUUCGCAAACCACAACCCAGGUAGACCGUCGCAGCCGUGAAGGACUCACCCCCGGCAGGGGGGACAAGGGAGGAGAGAUCGUGGGCGCCCCCCUGCCCGGAGACCCGCUUCCGUCCCAAACGGCCGGCACCCGCCACCCUCGCUUUUUGCUGCAGGCUGCUUUAAAAUAUUGGAAAGUCAGAAGAAUAAAGGAACUCUAAAAGUAAUACUGCAAAAUAUUCUUUAAUCUGAAGGCUCAGUAGAGCCAUCAUGAGCGAUGUUACAAUUGUGAAAGAAGGCUGGGUUCAGAAAAGAGGGGAAUACAUAAAAAAUUGGAGGCCAAGAUACUUCUUAUUGAAGACAGAUGGCUCCUUCAUAGGAUAUAAGGAGAAGCCGCAAGAUGUGGAUCUACCAUAUCCUCUUAACAACUUUUCAGUAGCAAAAUGCCAACUAAUGAAAACAGAGCGACCAAAACCGAACACAUUUAUUAUUCGAUGUCUUCAGUGGACCACUGUGAUAGAAAGAACAUUUCAUGUAGAUACUCCAGAAGAACGGGAAGAAUGGACAGAAGCCAUCCAAGCAGUAGCAGACAGACUUCAGAGGCAAGAAGAAGAAAGAAUGAAUUGCAGCCCAACAUCCCAGAUUGAUAACAUUGGAGAAGAAGAGAUGGAUGCCUCGACAACCCACCAUAAAAGAAAGACAAUGAAUGAUUUUGAUUACUUAAAACUACUUGGCAAAGGCACUUUUGGCAAAGUUAUUCUGGUCCGGGAGAAGGCAAGUGGGAAAUAUUAUGCUAUGAAAAUUUUAAAAAAGGAAGUUAUUAUUGCAAAGGAUGAAGUGGCUCACACACUUACAGAAAGUAGAGUAUUGAAAAACACUAGACAUCCUUUUCUAACAUCUUUGAAAUAUUCAUUCCAGACCAAGGAUCGAUUAUGUUUUGUGAUGGAAUAUGUCAAUGGAGGAGAGCUGUUUUUCCAUUUGUCGAGAGAGCGGGUAUUCUCUGAGGAUCGCACACGCUUCUAUGGUGCAGAAAUUGUGUCUGCUUUGGACUAUCUGCAUUCUGGAAAGAUUGUAUAUCGUGAUCUCAAGUUAGAAAAUCUAAUGCUGGAUAAAGAUGGACACAUAAAAAUUACAGAUUUUGGACUUUGCAAAGAAGGAAUCACAGAUGCAGCUACUAUGAAAACAUUCUGUGGUACUCCAGAAUAUUUGGCUCCAGAGGUUUUGGAAGACAAUGAUUAUGGUCGUGCAGUGGAUUGGUGGGGCCUUGGAGUUGUUAUGUAUGAAAUGAUGUGUGGCAGAUUGCCAUUCUACAAUCAGGAUCAUGAAAAACUUUUUGAACUCAUUCUGAUGGAAGAUAUAAAAUUUCCUCGAACUCUCUCAUCUGAUGCAAAAUCAUUGCUUUCAGGUCUCUUGAUAAAAGAUCCAAAUAAACGUCUUGGUGGAGGACCAGAUGAUGCUAAAGAAAUUAUGCGACACAGCUUCUUUGUUGGAAUAAAUUGGCAAGAUGUAUAUGAUAAAAAGCUUGUUCCUCCUUUUAAACCACAAGUGACAUCUGAGACCGACACCAGAUACUUUGAUGAAGAGUUUACUGCUCAAACUAUUACAAUAACACCACCUGAAAAAUAUGAUGAAGAUGGCAUGGACUGCAUGGACAAUGAGAGACGACCACAUUUCCCUCAGUUUUCUUAUUCUGCAAGUGGACGGGAAUAACUUCCUGUUUUGUAUUCCUGCUAUAGAGACAUACUCAAUUUAUCACUGAAAAUGAUUCCUGAACAUCACCACCAGUCCUUGUAAUUAUUUAGGAGAGCAGAGCACUUUCAGAAAUCAUUCCAAAUUGACCAAGUUCCUUUUUUGAUUAUCAGCUUAUUUGAAUUAUCUGCAUGAGGUGUUACAUUGGUCUAAGCUGACCUGCAGUUACUGCUGUUUCAGCAUGAAAGUCGUAGCAAAAAGCAAUCCCCAGAUAUUAGAAGGAAAAUUCUCAGUUGUGUGCACAACCAGCUUUUGUUCUCUUGCCUUCUCAGAGCAGAGGUUAAAGGACAUGCUGGUCUGUGAUACAGUCCUUGUUCCCUUUUAAAAGGCAGAUCAAAAUUUUAAAACGUGAUUAAUUUGGAUAUUUUCUCAAGCUGAUUGGAGCUUGACAGAACUAGAAAAUACUACAAGGUGGUUGUGUACAUAUGCAAGUUUUUGGUAGAUAUAUGUCAUCACUUGAAUCAGUUUUAUCUUUAACGCAGAUAAAAACAUUCAGGCAAAGGUCCUAUAAUUGUGUGUGUAUAUGUGUGCACGCACGCACACACAUACACAUACUCACACACAAACACACAAAGAUAGAUAAGAUAUAUGUAUAAUUAUAUAUAAUUAUUUUUUAACUGUUGGAUACUACCCAAGAAGCAAAAAGUCUGGGAUCACCAGUUUCCCACUUAGACUUCCAGAAUCAUGUGCAAUUAUGGAGAAUGGGACAUUUAAAUGGAAGAAAUUAUAACAUGAAAGCAGCAAGUGAUGUUGUUUCAACCUGUUAUGAUUUGUGUCUUGUGCUUUCCGUUUUCUUUGUUGAUAUUCAUCACCCCUGGAGGCUGAAGAACUUAGACAAGCAACAAUAUUGCUUUCCACCAAAAU